UUUCAUUUUUUCAGAACCUAGGUGAAGACACCUGAAUGUUUUGUUGUUUGUUUACAUUUUAUUGUUUGCUUACUGAGUGAGCUGCGAAAAUGUCUUUCUUGCUGCAAUAAAAAUUUCAAGGAAUUGAUAAGUCAUCGAUGUAGAUAACUAAAGAUAAAAAGUUUUCACAAGACAUAGAAAAUGUUUAACUUUUUUUAAAGAAUGAACUUCGGCGAGAAUUUCACUUCCGUUCUUACACAACAAUGUUCGUCUACUUCAAACGCAUCAAAAAUUAAAACUUUGGCAUUUUUUGACUUGGAAACAACUGGAAUACCUGAUUUGGAGUUUAAUAAAACAAAGAUUACGGAACUGACAAUUUUGGCAUGUUCAGUUGAUCACAUGAUUGAAGCCAAGACAUCUGAUAUCCCAAGAGUGUGCCAUAAGCUGUCGUUAUGCUUCAACCCUUUCAAAUUAAUCAGUCAUAAAAGCAGCGAAAUCACAGGUUUAACAAACGAAUUACUCGAACAUGAGAACAAAUUUGACAAGAAUGCAUUGAACUUGGUUGAAUGCUUUUUAUUUAAACUUCAACAGCCAGUCUGUCUAGUGGCUCAUAAUGGCAAGAAAUUCGAUUUCCCUCUUCUAAAAACGCAAUUUGAGUUUCAUGACGGAUCAUUUCCGUUUUCACUCAAGUGCUGUGAUUCACUUGAGGUUUUCCAGAAACUCGAUCAGCAGCAAGAAGAAAAAUAUGAAAUUUUGACGCAAAAUUAUAGUCUACAAAAGUGGAACAAAAUAAUUAACAACGAUUCCUUUAUUGAAAAUGUGUCUUCAAAUCAAACUGAAAGUGGCAAUGAAAUUGAUGAAGUAUUUAAGAAACUGGUCGAUGACGAACUAAGCGAGAUUAAAAAGAAGGAAAAUGGAAAUUUAAAACAUUCUGAAAAAACAAUCAAUUUGAUGCAGCAAAUAAAUGAAACAACACCGAAAACACGAACAAAUUCAUUAAACAUUCAACCAUAUCAUUCCAAUGAUUCCUGUUUCAAACCUAGGGAUUCAGCUUUCUUAAAACGCAAACUUUUCCCUGAAGAACAAAGCAAUAGUCAGAAAUUGAUCAAAGGGAAGUAUAAACUCGAAGAAAUCCAUAAAAGAAUGCUGGGCGAUUAUCCUAAAAAAUCACACGACGCUGAGUCCGAUGUGUUAAGUCUUAUAGCAUGUGUUAGUACUUGUAAGAACGAUUUUGUUCGUAUUUUGAAUGAAAUCUCUAUCGAUUUUAGUGAUGUUAAGAAAUUUUAAAGAAUGAACUUCGGCGAGAAUUUCACUUCCGUUCUUACACAACAAUGUUCGUCUACUUCAAACGCAUCAAAAAUUAAAACUUUGGCAUUUUUUGACUUGGAAGCAACUGGAAUACCUGCUUUGGAGUUUAACAAAACAAAGAUUACUGAACUGACAAUUGUGGCAUGUUCAGUUGAACACAUGAUUCAAGCCAAGGCAUCUGAUAUCCCAAGAGUGUGCCAUAAGCUGUCGUUAUGCUUCAACCCUUUCAAAUUAAUCAGUCAUAAAAGCAGCGAAAUCACAGGUUUAACAAACGAAUUACUCGAACAUGAGAACAAAUUUGACAAGAAUGCAUUGAACUUGGUUGAAUGCUUUUUAUUUAAACUUCAACAGCCAGUCUGUCUAGUGGCUCAUAAUGGCAAGAAAUUCGAUUUCCCUCUUCUAAAAACGCAAUUUGAGUUUCAUGACGGAUCAUUUCCGUUUUCACUCAAGUGCUGUGAUUCACUUGAGGUUUUCCAGAAACUCGAUCAGCAGCAAGAAGAAAAAUAUGAAAUUUUGUCACAAAAUUAUAGUUUAGAAUGGAUGUGGAAUAACAGCAGAAAUAACGAAUCGUUGAAUAAUGACGAAAAGGGAUUGUUUAAAAGCAGAUACUUAAAUUCGAGUGAAAAUGAUAAUGAAAUUGAUGAAGUUUUUAAGAAAAUGGUGGAGGACGAACUAAACAAAAUCAGAGAAAAGGAAAGUCAAGAUGAAGAUUCUUCUGAAGGCGCAAUCAGUUUAAUGAAACAGAAAAUUAAUGAAACAACACCUGAGAACCGAACAAAUCCAAUAAACACUCAACCUUAUCAUUCGAAUAAUUUCGGUGUCAAGUCAAACGCUUCAACUUCCUUAAAACGCAAAUUCUUUACCCAAGAACAAAGCAAUACACAGCAAUGGACCAGAGGAAAGUAUACGCUCAGAGCAAUCCAUAAAAGAAUGUUGGGCUUCUAUCCAAAUAAAAUUCAUAGCAGUGAAUCCGAUGUGUUAAGUCUUAUGGCAUGUGUUAACACUUGCAAGAACGAUUUUAUUCGCAUUUUGAAUGAAAUCUCUAUCGAUUUUAGUGAUGUUAAAAAGUUAUAAAUCUUAUAUAUACCUUCUUUGUAAUCUUUUAUAAACCUUUAUCAUUUCUACAUGUUUUUAAUAAAAUUCCAGAAAAAGAAAUUGAUUCUGGCACAACUAUUUCGAUAACAUUUCCAAUCAAAUCUUAAUUAAUAUUCAUUGAGUAAGAAUUUUAAAUAAAUUUUAUUAUCAUGAACAAAAAAUGAAAAUAAAUUUCAUUGGGAAACUUUUUGUUUCGUAACUAUUAAAAAA